AUGGUAGAGCAUAUAACUAGAACUACAACUACUACCCCUCAUAGACUUGAGAAGAGGUACACAGUGCUUUCUUUAGAUGGCGGUGGAGUAAGAGGUCUUAUGACUACAAUGAUUUUGGCUUCCAUUGAAGAGCAUAUAAGAAGACUUACAAAGCAACAUCAAUUCAAAAUAACUGAUGCUGUUGACUGUGUAAUUGGUACUUCAGCUGGUGGUCUCAUAGCUUUGGGUCUUUCUUCAGGCUUCAGUGCUAUUGAACUAAGAGAUGAUGUGAUGAAUAAGAUGAUUCCAGCAACAUUUGAAAGUCCCUUGAAGAAGGUUAAAUUGCUUUAAUACUUUGUAGCUGCUAGUACCUCCAUGUAUAAUGAAAAGAACUUGGAAGAGUAACUUAGAAAAGUGAUUCAUACGAAACUUGGAUAUAAGGAAACAGACAAGGUAACUCUAGCUCAUUUAAAAGCAAAUAAUACAAAGCUAAGAACAUGUAUUACUGCUGUUGCUUAUCAUUACGACGACAAGAAAGGUCCAUCUUUUACUCCAAGAAUCUUUGAUACUGAGAAUGAGCUUGAUUUAGGAAAAACUAUCAUUGAGGUGGGAAGAUCAACUUCUGCAGCUCCAGUUUAUUUUAUGCCUCAGACUGUUGAAGAUAGACAAGAAGAUGACUCAGUAGAGAGCACCAGAUUUGUUGACGGUGGAUUGUUUGCAAAUAAUCCAGCAGGUUGGGGUUUCGCAUUGGCUGCACUAAAAGUAAAAGCUGAAAAUGUCAGAGUGAUCUCUGUGGGAACAGGAGCCAAAGACUAUGAUUAUGAGGAACAAUAAAAAGAUGAUGAUCCUAACUUCUGGGAAAAAACAAAAGAUUUUUUCAAUGGUCUUAAAGAUUCACUAUUGAGAAAAAUACAUGUAAAGGAUUCAUCAGAAAAAAGUGGUGCUCUAAGUUGGGCUAACCUUGAAAUCAUAUCCAGCGCUAUCUUUGAUGUUUAGAAGUAAGCAGAGCAAGUAUUAAAUCUGUAUAAGAAUGUUAUGAAUGGCAACUAUAUAAGACUCAACCCUCCUCUCCAGGAAGAUAUUACUCUAGACAAAGCUGAUCCAGAUGAUAUUAAAUUAAUGACUACCGAGGUCAAUAGAUAUCUUGAUUCUGACUAAGGUAUCCUUGAUGUCGAAAGUGCCAUUAGCACCAUCUUGAAUCCUGAAGACUACCAAUAAAAGAUAUUGCAAUAACUUGAAAAAGCUGCUCACCUCUUGAGGUACGUUGAGUUUCUCAAGCAAGAUCCAAAUCACGAACUCAAGUAAAAGCAAGCUACUUAUCUGAAAUUUAUGCUUUAAAAACUUGGAGAUAUUUCUGUGACUGAUGAUGACUUGAAAUAAGCAGAAGAAAAAGUUGAAAAUGACCUCAAAGAAUGGGGAAAAGCAUAUGUCUGUGAUGAGAAAUACCCUAAGAUUAAAAUGCAAAAAGGCUAGGAGGCUGAGUCCCAACAUGACUGCUUAAAAGAUCAUAGGGAAUGA